UAAAGAAAGAAGCAAAACCAGGCACAGAUGAUGGGUUAACCAGAUGUGAUACAGAAAACAUUUCCUUCUGCUUUUUGGUUUUAAGCCUAUAUUUGAAGUCCUAGAUCUCUCCAGCACAAUCAGCACCAGGAGCCCAUGAAGAAGAUGGCUCCUGCCAUGGAAUCCCCUACUUUACUAUGUGUAGCCUUACUGUUCUUUGCUCCAGAUGGCGUGUUAGCAGUCCCUCAGAAACCUACGGUCUCCUUGAAUCCCCCAUGGAAUAGAAUAUUUAAAGGAGAGAAUGUGACUCUUACAUGUAAUGGGAGAAAUUUCUUUGAAGUCAGUUCCCUGAAAUGGUUCCACAAUGGCAGCCUUUCAGAAGUGGCGAAUUCAAGUUUGAAUAUUGUGAAUGCCGACUUUGAGGACAGUGGAGAAUACAAAUGUCAGCACCAACAAUUUGAUGACAGUGAAUCUGUGCACCUGGAAGUCUUCAGUGAUUGGCUGCUCCUUCAGGCCUCUGCUGAGGUGGUGAUGGAGGGUCAGCCCCUCUUCCUCAGGUGUCAUGGUUGGAGGAACUGGGAUGUAUACAAGGUGAUCUAUUACAAGGAUGGUGAAGCUCUCAAGUACUGGUAUGAGAACCACAACAUCUCCAUUACAAAUGCCACAGUUGAAGACAGUGGCACCUACUACUGUACGGGCAAACUGUGGCAGCUGGACUAUGAGUCCGAGCCCCUCAACAUUACUGUAAUAAAAGGUGAGUUGGUAAAGGAAAGGAAAAGCAUCCAUAGCAGGGGAAGGAAGAGAGGACAUCUGAGCCUGAGUGGUUGCAGUUUGUAGAAGGGGGCACCUGUGAUACGCUGGAAAGCCUACUAGACUUGCAAUGAGGAGACCUGGGUGACAG